GAACAACUUUCCAAAUAAUCACUUAACGGUGGCCGGUGGUUCCAGUGUAAUGUGAUAUCUCUGCGAACGUUUGCCUCCGUGUGACUCACAGUUUAUCUAAUGACAGGAACCGAACCCGUCGCUGGAACCGUGUUUUAACAUGGAUUACUUGCUCCAGGUGAAAAUCGGCGCCCUCAUCGGUUUGCUGCUCUUAACGCUCCUUUUUGGAUCCAUCCCAGCCCGUGUAAAGUGGUUCAGGAACACUAACGGAUCAGGGACCCACCGCACAGUUUUGAGUCUCAUCAGCUGCUUUGCUGGCGGUGUUUUCCUGGCAGCAUGUUUACUCGACAUUGUUCCCGAUUAUCUGUCAGACAUCAAUGCGGAACUGGAUGCUCGAAAAAUAGAGACCAGCUUCCCUCUCCCAGAGUUCAUCAUGGCUACAGGCUUCUUCCUAGUCCUCAUACUGGAGAAGAUUGUCCUGAACUGCCAGGACAUAUGCAGGGCUCAGGGAGAGGCAACGCCUCUUGUACCAGAGAACAGAAAUGGCAAUGUGCCAGGACACGGACACGGACAUGGACACGGACAUGAACCAAGCCCUGAUCUGGAGAGCAGCGGCCACCACGUCCAUGUUGACUUCCAGGCUCACUCUCCCUUUCGCUCCUUCAUGCUCUUCCUCUCGCUUUCACUCCAUUCAGUGUUUGAGGGUCUUGCUAUUGGCCUACAGAACACAGAUUCAAAGGUGUUGGAGAUCUGCAUCGCUAUACUGGUCCAUAAGAGCAUCAUCGUGUUCAGCCUGUCUGUGAAGCUGGUCCAGAGCGCAGUGCGUCCACUGUGGGUGGCCGCUUACAUCGGAGUGUUCGCCAUGAUGUCGCCUUUGGGCAUUGGCAUUGGCAUCGGCGUGAUGGAGGCUCAGCUGGUAGCAGGAGCGCUAAUCCAGGCCGUCCUGGAGGGGCUCGCCGCGGGAACGUUUAUUUACAUCACCUUCCUGGAAAUUCUCCCGCACGAGCUCAACUCGCCCGAGAAGCAGCUUCUCAAGGUGCUCUUCAUCCUGCUGGGCUUCGGCAUCAUGGCAUCUCUGACGUUUUUGGGAUGAGAUGUGUCAGAGCGUGACCCUUACUCUUUGCCGCCGACCGCAGCUCCUACAAGUUUUUUCCGGUGAACUUUCUAGGUUUUUAUUUUUAAGGAGAGCACGACAGCUCAUCCUGACAUUUUAUUGUUUUCAAAUGAGAUCUUUGUACAUAAAAAAAAGUUCUUUUUAAGAGGAUUUUAUGUAAAUAGAAGCUACUUUUUUGCAAUGAGAAAGUUUGUUCCACAGUGGAAAAUGGCUGUGGAAACAAAGUGUGUUUGUUCCAUGGUGUGUUUACAUGUUUUAAUGUCAUGUCAGUGUCUCUGUAACUCCAUAAUUCGUAUGUUUACAUUUCAGUGGGGUUGUUACAGCUUCUUGUUUCCAAAAGCACAUGUUUUGCUUUGUUAUUUUUGUUGAAGUAUUUCAAUGUGUGCACUGUACGUACAUUUCUUACCCCACACUGAGCUUGAAGCUUGUAGGUCUUUGCAAACUGGUAUUAAUGACGUUUCCGUCAAGGGUUUAUUUGUUUAAAAGAUUAGAGUACUGUGUGCUCUGUCAGGCUUCUUUACACGACUACUGUAAAUGUAAACUGACUCCCUGGUGCCUUAAGGAGGUGUGAGAAAGAAAAGAUUGUGGCAAUGAUAAGAGAUAUUGUUUCUCCUUUUGCAUUUUUCUUAUACAAAGAAUCACUGAUCGUCUCCACCAACAAGCUCCAGCGAAUACGUGUAUCUCAGUGGGUUUUAACCAGAAGCCGAUCACUGUUAUUUAUACCGCUGCUAAACUUUGUCCUAGUUCAUCACUUCUCGUUUUUCUCCAACUACAUCAAAGUGUUUUUUUUUCCUGAUGAAUCGAGACUUGGAACGUUGUGUGCCUUUAAUUCUCUGUUUUAAACGUGGUCAGAUAAAUGAUUGACAAUGACUUCUAUAAGCUGACACUGCAACUAAUGAUUAUUUUCAUUGAUUAAUCUGUCAAUUAUUUCACAAACCUGUAAAAUAAUAAUGGUCCCAAAUGUCACAAACCAAAAUGAAUACGUUGUAAUGAUUUAUUUGGUAUGUGGAGCAAAAAACCCACAUUUAAGAAGCUGAAAAAAUCAGAUUGGUCUUGUUUCAGUGAUUAAAAAACACUCUAAUCCACACUAGGCACAUGAAAUCAGGGCCAGAAGUGGGUUUAUGGAACAGCAGCUGUCAUGUGAUGGUUUUUAGAAGCAGAAUAGAUUUUAGGAAGUUGUACUUCCUGAUGUUGUACUGAAAAAUGUAUGUCAGCAGAUUUGUUGAUACAGAUUCAAACAUGGCACAAGUUAGAGUUUGAACAGAUUUGUUUUUGUGGCCAAGACUGAUGAAUCUAAUCUAUACAAAGGAAGUGCUUUCACUACUGUAAUGUGUCAAAUAUCAUCCAUCAAAGAUCAAUUGUCAUUGUGUAAGUAAACCGACACUUUAUGAUUAUUUAAUGAUUUAUUUGUUAUGUGGCGGAAAGAAAUGAAUAUAUUCACAUUUAGGAAGCUGAAACAAUCAGAAAUCGUGUUUUAAUAAUGACAAAAGCUUCAAACCGAUUAAUUGAUUCUCAAAAUAGUUGACAAUUAAUUUAGUAAGCAAUCAAUAAUCAAUGAAUCAAGUAAUUGUUUCAGCUCUACGUGGAUGGAGCUGCAGAAGUGUCAGUGCAUCAUAUAUUACAUUAUAUAUUUAAUUUCAUAUUUUGCAGCAGAUUAGUGGCCACCAGGUGGGGCUUUUUAUCCUCUGAGUGACGGCCUCCUCACUGAAAGGAGAAGAUUUUAUUUGUUUACUCUAUGAUGAAUCCUUUACCUGAGAAAACAUUGUGACAAUCACUGUAAGAAAAACUCUAUCACUCCAUUUUUGUUUUAGUUUACAGUAAGCUGCUUUGGUUUCAGGGUCCUGGUACUACUUCAUUAUAAUAAUGAUUAUUAUCAUUGUGUAUUGUAAUAAGCACUGUCACUCUACUAUGAUUCAAACUGAAAAACCUGAAGAAAGCGAUUUGUUGACAUUUUGAGAAACACCUGUGUUUUUCCCCAAUAAAACAAGUCUUGUAAAAUA